CACCUGGCUAUACAUAUGCAAAGAUGAGACUCUUGUUUUUGGAACUAGUCAAAGGUGGUAAAGGGGAUGAGCUUGAUGCGAAGAUCGACUCGCUAUUAGCCUCCAACGAAUCCAAUUUGGAAGUUCGUGCCUUUUAUAGUUGGUACUUGAAAAAGACAGGCAGAGGCUAUAACACUGGGUUGGAAAACAAACACAACAAGGAAACACUGACAAACUACGACUCGCGUGACACGUAUGCAUUGAUCUCAUUGGCCAACAUGUAUAGAACAAUCGCCAGGGAGAUCAAGCCGAAGACUGAACAAGACCAACAGAAGAAGAAGACUUCGUACCACAGAGCUGCGCAACUUUUCCAUAAAGCAUUGUCCACCGAUCCAAAGAAUGCAUUUGCCGCUCAGGGUAUUGCCAUUAUCUUCGCUGAAGAAAAGAAACAAUCGCAGGCUUUGGAAAUCUUUAGAAGAGUCAGAGAUGCUGUCGAUAACUACUCUGUGCACAUCAACUUGGGCCACUGUCUUUGUGAAUUAGGACAAUAUUCUAAGGCUAUCCAGGAGUACCAGAUUGCAUUGGCCAGAUUCAGCGAUGAGACUAAGGAUUCUAGAACUUUGUCCCUUAUUGGUAGGGCAUGGUUCCUUAGAGGUGGUGCAGAAAAGUCCCUGGAGAGUUACAUCAAAGCUUUGGAGCUUUCUAACAAGGCGUUAGAAGUUGCAGAGAAUAACAAAGCUAAAAAACUGAUACCAACUCUUAAGUUCAAUGUUUCCUUCGUUAAGUUCAACAUCGCACAAUUUGUUCUGAAAUUGGAUGUUUCUAAAAGAGCUGUUGAUGACAUAACAAAGGCCAUAACAGGUCUUGAAGAGGCGAUUGAUGUUUUGAACGAGCUUGCUAAUGAUGCUAAUCCACCAGUGCAACCUGAAAUGUUGAAACAGAGAGCUAGCAUGGGUACAAACACUCUGAAGAAACAGCUCGAAAGAUUGUUGAAAGAACAAGAAGAGUACGAAUCCAAGUUCAAACACAAGAUUGAAGAAGCGUUGCGUAUUAGAGAAGUUGAAAAGGCUAAGGCUGCUCUUGAAGAAAAGAAGAGACUGGAAGAACAGGAAAAGAAGGAAGCUGAAAUGAAGAUUGAGUACGAUAGAUUACAACAACAAGCCAAACAAUGGGAGGCUGAUCGUGAGCAAAACCUCAUCUAUGAAGAAGAGGAGAAGAAGACUAAGAAGAAAAAGAACGCUGUUUGGACUGAUGAAGAAGCCAGUGGUGACGAAGAUGGUGAAAAGGCCAAGAAGAAGAAGACUAAAGCCAAGAGAAGCAGAAGAAAAGCUGUUGUUGAUGACGAUGACGAGGAGGCUUCUGUUAAAACCCCAAAGAAGAGAAAACUCACAAAGGCCUCCUCGAAGAUCAAAUCUGCAGAGGUCAUUGAGGACAGUGAUGAGGAUAUGGAUGAUUUCGACGAGUCUAAACUGGAUGAUGACAACGAAGAAGACGAUGCCCUGGAGAAAGCUGAGGCAAAUAUUGACGGUGUGAGUGAUGAUGAUAAGGACGAUGAAGAUGAGGGUCUCUUCUAAAAAAAAAACAUAAUAUACUACACUGUAUAUCUAGAUGUACGAUUACUCAAGAGUGUGAGAGCUGAUAUCUUUGUAGCCUGUUUCUUUCAUUUAUUCUCAUUAUGCAUCCAUUUCCUAAGCUGUUUAUAACUAUCAUGAGACGUCUUGUACAGCACCUUUUCAAACUCGUCCAACGAAUACAGGAAGUUACUCUCCUGAUGUGCACCUCUAAGAUUCUGUGCAUAGUUGUUGAUCUCGUGUGCUCUGUCUCGAAGCAUCUGCUGUGCAACUUCUGACAGCUCCUUAUCGUUGUAGAGCUUAGCCCACUUUUCAACUAAUGAGUAGAAGUGUUGACAUAUUGAAUGCGCAUCCAGUGAGACCGCAUCUGUCUUAAUAGCGUUGAUCACCUUCUUGUUCAGUGC